AUGGUAGCUAAACUGGCAACACUCUUCUGCUUGGUGGCAGCGGCGGCCGCGGAGGUAGUACCGGCAGCACCAGCCCCCGCUGCUGUAGCAUACCAACCAACACACGUCGCAGUCCAACCUGCUCCCGUCACCAAACUGGUCUAUGCUGAGCCAGAACUUCCAACGCAGUAUGACUAUGAAUACUCCAUCCAUGACCCUAAUAGCGGCGACGACAAACAGCAGAAGGAAACUAGAAAUGGGGAUAACGUGCAGGGAUAUUACACCUUAGUCCAGCCCGACGGUACUCGCCGUAUUGUAGAGUACUCUGCGAGUAAAGAACACGGUUUCAAUGCUGUUGUUCGUUAUGAGGGUCAGCCUGUCGCAGCCCCUGCGAAGGUGUACGCUCCAGCACCAGCACCAGUAGCUUACGCUCCAGCACCAGCACCAGUUGCUUACGCUCCAGCACCAGCACCAGUUGCUUACGCUCCAGCCCCUGCUCCGGUUACUGUAGCCGCCCCCGUCGCAAAGGUUGCGUUCGCCCCUGCGCCAGUAGCUAGACUUGCGUAUGCUCCAGCACCUGCAGCUAGAGUCGCGUAUGCCCCUGCACCUGUAACGAGAUUCGCAUAUGCUCCAGCGCCUGCAACUAGAGUCACAUAUACCCCAGCGCCCGCACAAGUGGCGUACGCUCAAGCUCCUACUCAAUACACAUAUGCCCCAGCGCCCGCUCGGAUAGCGUAUGCUCCAGCACAGUACACAUAUGCGUCGGCCCCGGCUCCCGUUACAAAUAUAGCGUACGCCGCCACUCCCACUCAAGACGCAUACGCCCCAGUUCCGGCUCAAGUCACUUACUCCCGUGCUCCGGCGCCAAUACCCUACGCUGCAGCUCCAGCCCCGGUGUCCUAUGCGCCAGCUCCAGUGGCUAAAGUUGCCUACGCUGCAGCUUCAGCUCCGGUAGCCUAUGCGCCAGCUCCAGUAGCCAAAUUCGCUUAUACUUCAGCAGGACCCGCCUAUACGGGCCACAUCACAUACGCCUCCCCAGUUGCCUCUUACAAACAUUAGAUUUAAGGUUCACAAAUUAUUUAUUCUA